UAGUUUUGAUAUUUUUGGUCCAAAAUAUAAUUUAAAUUUGAAAAAUGGAGGCGGAGGACACAUAUAAACAAGCAGCUUAUAGAAGCAUCCAAAGGAUCACUCGUGACCAGCAAUAUUUUGACGUAGAUUAUUUGGACACUCAAGAUCUUGUGAGAAAAACUCCUGAACUUCAGCAAUGCAUCCAAGACCAAAACCAAAAUGAUGAUGAGUCACCUUUUCAUGUUGAGGAUUUAUCUGAGGGAUGAGAUGCUUUAGAUCUCUCUCAAAGCUUCUAUCAAGCAGAGAAGGCUAAUUUUACUCAGUCCAAACAGGAGAAAGACUACUUUUCUCCCAAAAACUACAGCCAAAUUCUUUCACAAUGAACGGAAAUUACCACCAACAAGGAAAUUAAAGCCACAGGAAAGAAAGAUAUGACUCAUAAAGAUCGGAUUCAGCCAAAUAAUAAUCAAUCCCAAGUGACUAAUCUGUACUCGACUAUGCCAGCACCUUGAUCUCAAAGAUGGAAUAAGACUGGUUUCAGAGAUAUGCUUCAAAAACAGCAAGAUACUUUAAGAGCUAUGGCUGAGGAUUUUCAGAAUUCUACAAAGAGAAUAAGCCGGAACGGCAAGGCGAUAUCCAAUUACUCAACUGAAAAGAGCGAGCCUUCUGCUCUCUCAACAACCAAAAUGCAAAGGGCUAGUUCAGCCCGGAACCAGCGGAGCCAGGCCAAGAUAAGCGGUACUGUGCCAGACAGCUCCUCUAGAGGACGGAACUCUAGAAGUGGACUCAAGCCUGAGCUCUCCCAAACGUCUGUCAUCUCUUCGCUGACUGAGCAGAAGUGGAACACUUCUAUACUGAACUCGAACAGGAGUUCAGUACAGAGCUAUCUAGACUUCAGGCAUCAGCAGAGUAAGGAACGACUUGAGAAUAUCAAGGCUGAGAGGUUGAAGACCCAGCUCUCUGAAUGUAAAGGUAAACCUGUAAUUAACAAGAAAUCCCUAAAAAUUGCUAAGAAAUUGAACAAGAACACCUUCGAGCGACUUUAUCGUUCUGGAAGAAAAAUCAAUGGAAGCAAUAGGAAUAGUUCAAUGGGAGCAGAUGCCAGGCAAUUUUCUAACCUUCAUCAGACUUUUCGCCCUAAUAUUAACAAAAAGAGCCAGUCAAUGUCUCGAUCAGUCAAGGAUCUUUACACUUGGAAUGAUCAAAAAAAUGGAAAUUUGGAGCAGAAAAGGGCCAAACUAAAAGCUGCUCGAAUCAAAAUUUGUCCAGGAAGUGUGGCUAUUCUGAAAAAUAUUAACUUUUGUUCAGCUGACUCAGGGUAUCAUAAAUGAAAGCCUCCUUCUCUUAAUGCAGAUAUGGUCAAAGAUGAGGUAAUAUUGCCAACAGAGAAGAGCAAAAAUGAGCUGAAAGCCUUAAAGGUCAACAGACUCAAGAUUAAACCUCCGAAAUCUUCGAUCAAGCAGAAGAAAAUUUACACCAAAUCCUCGAUCAAGACGGUUGGGAGAGUCAGCCAGAGUAUUAGAAGCCACAUCCUUGAAAGUUCUGAAGUCAAGUCUACUAGCUAUCGAGGAACUAGGAGCUCACAUCACCAGUGUUUAACAGACCAGAGUAGAGAAGUAACAUAUGAAAGGCUACACAAGUUCUAUGGCACUAAGCUCAUAUCAAAUAGAGCUAACCCUUCAGAGGAAUCUACAGGGUCUCUGGCCUUUCAGAAGAACAGUCAGGGUAUGUUGCGGAAGCUAAGUGUGGCAAUGAACCAGAACCACAUCGAUAGCUCCUUGAUUACGAGUCCUUUCUACAGUAACCCACAUGAUACUCAAGAGCACAUUGAGAGAUCUUCAGAUGAAGAAAGCGGGUAUACAAAUGAGAUCGAGGAUAUAGCCAAUCUGAGUUUGUCCGAAAACCAUGUAGAGGAAACCCCCAUUGACGACACGUUUCACAGAGCUAUUGAAACCAGCUCCAUCACUGAGGAAGACCUCUACGUGCUGUCAAAUGAGACAUCAAAAGAUGAGAAAUGUAGAGAAAGAGCCAUAGAAAAAUCUCAGGAGCCAUCUCCGAGACCCUUGGUUGAUCUUGAUCUGAACCAAGCUGAUGGUAUCUCUCAAGCUCAGAUUCAACUGAGAAAUCCGAGAAGAUAUCGAAAAUAUGAUUAUAAGGUUAAUAAGAUGACGUUCAGGCCGAUUAAAAGUGACAUUAAUGAUUCAAAAGCAUCUGAUGACAAUAGCACUCAUACUCAGUGACAUCAGGCCAGAGAUCUCCAAGAAGAGGAGGGCGGCUACCUAGGCUCAGUCACUAAUUUAUGAGGCAUCUCUGGGGAUAGUGCCAAAAAUGCUGAAAACAGAGUAGAUCAAUCAGAGUGAGAAAAGUCUUCUCGGAAGUCACCUGAAGCUUACUCAGAGUAUGAGGAAUAUCACCGAAAUUCUUCAAUUUCUCAAGGUUAUGUAGAGGUUCCGAAUUCGUCCAUCACUCAGUCACAGAGAGAGGACCUCAUCAAGCGAAUAAUGUACUUGAAGAUGCAAAAACAGCACGAGGAUUCCAUUUCAUAACUGACUUUAGUCCAAUUGUUGAUUCGAAAA